GCACGGACUCCCAUUCCGUUGUUUUAUCAUUCUCUUGGCGGUUCAUACAAAAUCGACCGGAAUCGUUAGAGCGGUGACGUAGUCCGCAGGUUCCAAUGGAAAACCUCCGUUUCUCCCUUCUCUGUCUUCACGUAAAACCGGCAAAAGACCAAGAGCGGCGUCAUAGCUGCUGGUUUCUUGCUUACCGAGACUGUUCGAGACCGAUGCUUUCUUACAUUUUACGCACUAGGUAUAGGUAGAUUGUUCUUGAUCUGUUACGCAAAUUCGCAGUGUAGAAUCACAGAGUGAAUUGUUGAAUUACGAAAGCGCGAAAUAUUGUUUUUCUUUCCCGAUUUUGUGCCACUUACUAAAAGGAUAGUUAUCAUUACCGGAUAGGAUCAAAAAGGAUAUUUUCUACCGCAGCGCAGUUAAAAGGAGUGGAUACCAACAUGGGGGUAAAAACGACGACGUACGGUUUAUGCCUUUUUUUGUUAGCCAUUUCAAUUCCUCGUAUUUCUGGCGACUCGCAAGUGUUGAUUUUAGCAGAAAAUCUCGUCCAAGUUAUUACAUCCAGUACGUUGGAAUGGUUACCGGCAAGUAGCAAUCAAAACAAAACUUUAGAAAACGCUGUUGUAGGAGCAGUGCAAGUUGUUAAAGAUGAUUCAGCUGACAAGUCCUUGGGCAGCGUUUCGAGCGAAUCCGUUUACGUCUGCAGGGCGAGACAGAACGUUUUUUGGGUAGCAGGGCAAUUACGGCCGAAAACGAGAAAGUGCACGAUCUCUUUGCACGGGAUCGUGCAUCAUUUCGACAAUUACGAAAUAUUAAUAAACGUCGAAGGAUCGGCCAGAAUAAGCUGGGUUGAACGCAAUAAGUAUACGCUCAAUCCACAAGGAUCGGUAACCGGAGGCGAAGAACCUUUCCGUAACUUUAUCGCCAGGAGGGCAAGGGAUCAACAGGUCGAGGAGGGGUCUCUCAAUUAUCUAAUGGGCAAGUUGGAUCCUUCCGAGAAUCUGGGCAAAUUCACCCUUGUAGAUGAAAACGAUAACGAACGCGAAUUCGAAGACGGUGAGGUAUUGGUAGAAACGGAACCGGAACGUUACGAAUUCAUCAACGUAAAAUUCGACUACAGAAAGAAAAGGAAGCCGAGAAACCACAAGGUUUUGGGCAAAGUUCUUCUCAAAAACGAAUUGAGCGAUGAAAUGGGAACUCAACGGGUAGAGUCUGUGAUAAGUUACAACUUCACCUACUCCCUAUAUUGGGGUCACGGUCACGGUCUGCUCACCGGUUUACCGUUUACCAUAAUCUUCCCGAACCAGACAACAUACGACGGAAAAUGGAGCAUUUCGGACACUGUGGAAAAAGUCAAUAUUCACGAGGUGGAAUAUUUCCUGGCACCGGGAACCGCCGUCGAGGCCACACUAUUCGGGAACUACGGGGAGCUAGAUAUCCCCUACACGGCAACCGUAAUCGCAUAUUACAAAGACGGCGAAACAAAAGAGCGUUUGAUAAAAGAAAGCCGACGAGAAACGUCCAUGUUCGACUUGAAAGUGGAGUACGGAAGGGCGUUCUUUAUCCACAAUAACAGUUACGUGCCCACAACGACGACAACGACCACCACGACAACCACCACGACCACGACGAGGACCACGACAAAAUUGACGACAACGACUCAGGAAGCCGUUCCAUUGACUCCGCCGGCAAUCGAAGAGACCACCGUUGGAAAGAAGAAGAUUGCUGAGGACGGUGCCUCGUCUGCUAUAGACAACAAGGGAGAAAACGAUGUCAUGGCGGAUGACAGUGGAGCCCAACAGUUGAAGAAGAAGAUGCUCGAUACCCAAGAAGAUAUAAAUUCUGGUGCCUCUAUCGUUAGAGGAGGAGGCAUUGUCUUUAACUUGAUGCCAUCAGCACUGUUAUUAUUAUCGAUAUGCCUUUUCAAAAUUUCGUAAGAUUCGAAUGCGAAAUUAAACAAAUAAAAAUGAGAUGUUGAAGGUAGUGAUAUAAAGUAUAAUACAAAGCUUCUGCUUGCAACUGUAGAAUGAUCGUAUGUGAGUUGGGUGAAUGUUGUUGUAUGUGAGUGUACAUAUUUCUAAGAUUGGUCAGUUUUGGGAAACUUUUUACAUCGAGCGAACAAAAAUUGGUGUUGGGUGUGAAAAAUCCCUUACUAUUAAUUAAUAUCCAUCAUUCGUUUCCUCUUCUAGCGUAUUAGAAUUUACAUUCCUUCAUUAUUAUUUGUUCUGAUGAUCGUGUAAAUAUAUUAUUAUUGUAUUAUUAUAAUCCGACGUGUAAAUAAGUGAAAAGUUAAGAAGUCGAUUAUGAAAAGAGUAUAGAGAGACGAGUUGACAACGGUGAUAUUUUUCGUACACAGAUAAUAACUACGUCCAAAUGUAGUGUAGCUAUAAGCUAUGUAUGUAUGUAUGUAAACGUACCGACGUUUUCUAGAUAGAUAUACAUAGGUUUGAAUAAUAACUAGAGAGAUGAUAUUUUUUCAAGCGAGAAACCCAUUUGUAGCUACUAGCAAGCAAUAGGUACCUAUUGUACCAGUGUAACGUGUAUAGCGUUAAUUAUGUUUUGCGGGGAUUUUACAUGGUAAAGCAUUGGCAGUUACGAGAGAAAGUACAAAAAAAUAGUUCAGUACUAAAAAGAUACCCAUGUAUUAUACACUUUGUUUUCCUUAUUAAUUAAAUCACCUCCACUUUCGCGUUAUUUUCAUUCAAUCACGUCUUUUGAUUGUUUAUAAUUAAUAUAACAAAUUUUAAAAUUAAAUCAUCUGCUGCAAUCUAAAUUAGCAAAAAAAGCUCUCUAAAUAUGUAUAUUUCUAUCGAUGCAUGUCUAGUUACAGUGUCUGAAAAAGCUUUCUGCAUAAAAAUUUGUAUUUAUAAAAUAUUUCUUCGCAUGUGCCUCUUUCCACCUACCAAGUUUUCGAAAAAGGUUCUAAUUGAUUAUAGUUAAUCUCCAUGCAUUAAUUUAUUAUUUAUAGCUUUACUGAAGUUAAAAAUUAUUUAGUUAAUAAUAGUUACUAUUAAAUUUAGGUCUUCAAAAAACUGUAUUGAGGACAUUCCCUGUUCUUUUUUUGUUUGAGUAAAAGUAAGAAACGAAAACGUUUGUGUUAAAAUUUUUCUCAGUACCUUUAUAGCAUCUCUUUCACAUAAUAUUAUACAUAUAUGUGUGUAUAUUUAUAUUUAAGAUUACGAUAUUUGUAUUAUAUAGUUCCUCUUCAGAAAAAAAGCCAUUUAAGCACUGAAUAUGAAUACAAUCCGACCUAAAUAGCGUAUUAUAAAUCGUAAAUUAUAAUCUGUGAAUAGUAACCAAUAUUUGUUGUAACAUAUACUCAUGUAAUUGUAGAUAAACAAAAAUAAAAAGAAACAGAAGCACUU